AAAAGAAUUUCCAAUCCAUCUGAAAAUAAUCUUUUUUUGAAAACACCUGCCACAUAGGGCAAAUUCAUUCUUUACAGAAUUUGUGGAGCCAUUGCCCAUUUUUUACUCUAUGCUAAUACUGAUGAUUCAUUUUUAAUGUCUGUUGUAACCUCCGUGUAAUAGAAUGUAACAAAAUUCCUCCACUACGUGAGGUAUUAAUAACUGUUUCACUGUAGCUGAUAUUAGCAAGAUUGUUUGUGCAAAGAGAAAAAGACUGAAAGUGGACACUAAAGCUUUGCUCCAAGUGACUACCCAGAAACUUGAACAGAUUUGGCAAACGGAGAAAGAGCAGAGGAAUGUCUAUUUCCUGUGGAUGAUGAUGGCCUCUAGUUAUUUUGCCUUUUCAGGAAUAUGAUCCAAAAAGACUAUUCCCUGCACUUUCUGACAAUAUUUAAGCAAUGGGAUAAGGAUAUUCAGAAAACUGAAGAAUGCAAAGAAAAAUUAGGUAAGCUGAUUUAUGAACAACAAAAAGUUUGCCAGCAAUUAAGAUUGAUUCAGAGCCAAAGGCUGAAUACAAUUAAGCAGAUAUGUGAACAAUUUUCAAAGGUUAAUGAAGAAAUGGAAAAGAAAAAUGAAAUCGUUUUAAUAAAAUCACAAAAUGAAAUUGAAAAAGAAUUUCUUGCACAACGAAGCAAGAUUAGAUUGGACAGUAGAGAGUAAAAGAUGGGAAGUUUCCUCAUUUGCCUCCAGUCCGUGUAAUUUUGAAUGCUCUGAGAAGAAAGAAUUUAUACCUAAGUAAUGUGAUAUAACUGUAACCAUUAGCUAAGGGAAUUUUAAGUUGUUGCUGUGCUUUAAAAACUUUCAAGUUCCUAAACCUGAAGUUUUAAAUAGGUAGUUAAUGAAAUGCUUGAAUCUCUAUCAUAGAGUCCACCGGUGUAAACAAAAGAAUGUCUUAUGUAUAUUACACAUCUGAACUGGGUACUUUCGCUUAAAUAUUACUAACAUUGUAAAAAUGACAAAUGUUUUGGUAUUUGGUGAAUAUUUUUUCAACCUGAACAGUGAAAAAGCCUACUUGGUGCCAAUAAAAAUUUGGUCGAUUUUA